GGUUAGUGGUGGCUGUUGUAGCAAGAUAAUAUUCCAGAUUAAAAUCAAAGCCCGGCCAUCGGGUUAGGUGCGCAAAUGUCGGCCGACCGGAGACUGAUGGAAAAACCAUGGCGGCGCCAUAGAUCCGAUCUCUUGCCAGUGAAAACUACAAGAGUAUGGCAGUUUAGUCCAUCUUGGAGUUUCUGCGGAUAGCUUACCCCCGUCCGACAUCUUGAGUGAAUGUUACAGGGCGACGACAUAGAUACUCACCGAGUGCAAAGCUAUAACCAGGCUUUGUUCCCAUCAAACCAAUCAAACUAAGCAGAGAGCAGAAGAUAGAGAGCCACUUUAUUCACCAUGGGCAGCUGGUAUAACAUUGAAACCAAAGGCGCAAGUGCUCCAGCAACUUUCACGGCCGAAAUUUCCGAUUUUAAAACCCUCAAGCGCAAUCCUCAGCAUGAGUCUCUGAAACAUUGUCUUGUUGAGCUAUACUCGGAGAACGUCAUAGCAAAAGUUCUUCGCGCAGCUGUUGAUCAUCUGUUGGAAAAUAACCCGCCUGCUCAGUAUCCGGAGACUGUACCACAGCUUGGGUCUGGCAAGGGUCGCUAUGAAUCGCGAGAGAUUGACUUCUGGACAAGCGGCUUCUUUCCUGGGUGCAUCUACUUGCUGCUCGAGCGAUUCAUAAAACAUCCACACGCCCUGGGUAUCCAAAAUGCAGAGGUUAGCCUACCCGUGCUUCGCCAAAGGUUCAGAGGACUCGGCCAUAUCUGGUCUGAACCUCUUCGCAGCCAAGCAUUGCGGAAGGAUACGCAUGACCUGGGUUUCGUGAUAAUGCCUCAUAUGCGUCCCAGAUGGGAGCUUUUUCAUGACGAAAGCGCCCUUGAGACUAUCGUAACAGCUGCAGGGAGUCUAUACGCACGGUAUGACCCACAGGUACAGGCGAUUCGCUCAUGGGACACUUUCGACUGGCACGAAGGUGUUGAGAUAACAUCCAUGGAGGAGAACUUUCUUGUCAUCAUCGAUUCUAUGUGUAAUAUGGACCUACUAUUCUAUUCGGCGGCACAUUCCGGAAACACGGCGCUCUCCGACGCGGCGGUGAAUCAUUCACGCACACUGUUGAAGUCGCAUCUCCGUGUUGAGACUGUCACUCGAAGAGGCUACGCCGGGUGCCUGUACAGCUCUGCACACCUAGUUAAUUUUGCUCCUGCGACGGGGUCAAUUAAAGAGGUGCGAACAGCCCAAGGGUAUAGCAAAGACUCAACCUGGUCCCGAGGACAGGCGUGGGCAAUACUUGGUUAUGCGCAGACGUAUCACUGGACUGGCCACGCCGAGUUUCUUGACGCGGCAUGUGGUCUAGCAGAGUAUUUUGUUUCUCGCCUUGAGACUGCACCCGAGUGCGUCGAAAUAGAACUGCCUAGCUCAGGUGGACGACGUGUUGGGCGAUAUGUGCCGUUGUGGGAUUUUGAUGCUCCAAUCCAAGAUUCUCAGAAUCCCCUGCGCGACACUUCAGCAGGAGUUAUUGCCGCCAAUGGCAUGCUUGUGCUGUCAAACGUCUUGGCAGGAAGAGGGGAACAUGAGCUGAGUUCAAGGUACUUGGAGCUGUCCCUCAGGAUUGUUCAGGAUGUGCUCGAUUUUGCUUUGGCCCAAGAGAAGGCGCAUUUAGUAGUCUCUGAGCAUGGCGAGCUAGCUUGUAAAGACUCUAUUGCGGGUGGACGGUUUGAAUCCAUCCUAAAACAUUCGACCGUAUGCAACAAUGCCGCAAGCUUCAGCAAGAACAAGCCUAGUGAUCACGGGUUGGUGUAUGCGGACUACUACUUGUUGGAGUUUGGGGGAAGACUUUUAGACAUGGGAAUACUAUAGACAAUGCG